AACUAGAAAAUUGAGAUUGGCUCAGAUUUUCACACUUGACAUUUGAACAUUGAUAUUUCAUUAUUAGACUAGUUUUAUAAUGAUACUAGACAUUUGAUUAUUAGACUAGACAUUUCCAGGACUAUUUUCUUGCACAGAGGCCAAUUUACUUGUAAGAGUCCAGACACGCUUUCUUAAACCCCUAAAUAAGGUGGACACAUGCAAACUACCUUUAGAAAUUAGCCCUGGCCUGAGCUAACCUCUGGACUAUGUCCAGGAGUUGUUCAGCACAUUGCUUGUAAAUCCUGGCCAAACUAGUGCUGGGAACAGUUGUUCCUGGAUGUGUUCCAGUGCUGGGGAGCCUUCCAGAGCUGUACUUUCUCCAGCUUAUAUAGUAGCUGAACACAAACAGCUCUUGGCACACUUCUGCCUUUGGCACAGCUAAUGAUUAGCUUUUGGUCAAAGACUCACCUAGGAAGCUUUCUGCAGCAGAUCAGAACAACAAAGCAAAUAUCUUAAAGAGGCUGAAUUCAUGCUGGACACACUUGUAAACCAUCUUUGUAUUUUUCCCAGUAUGCAGCAGUGGUCAGAGUGGAAAUGCUCACAAAACUUGCUGAAAGAGUGAUGGGGUUGUAACAGACUGCACUGGUUUAUAACCUUGCACAGUAACUUUCCUCUUGGGCAAAAUUGCCAGGGGGAGGCACAGUUUGGAUCCAGUCCACCAAAACCUAGCCAUGAGCCAUGAACAACCAUUCAGUGGCUUGCUAUAAGGAGGGGAAUAGUAAAGUAUAAUAAAGACAGUAUCAAGACACUCAAGAGAUGGCAUUGGGGUCUUUUUAAAUAGAACUUAAACAAGCUCCUAAUUUGUUUCCUUCUUUCUCCUGGAAAGGGAUAACAUACUUAGCUGAUUCAGGAAAGGUGUUACAGACAGAACCCUGAUUAAUUAGUCCAGGUUACAGUUCAAAAUCAUUGAAUCACAGAAAGAUUAAGGUUGAAAAAGACCUCCAAGAUCAUUGAAUCCAAACCUUGGCCUUAACAUCACCACCUUUUCAACUAAGCCAUGCCACUAAGUGCCACAUCCAAUCAUUUCUUGAACAUUUCGAGGGAUGGUGAGCCACUCCUCAUACGACUUACAAAUGGAUCAGUUAAAACUAAUUCAGCCACUGUUUGGGCAGCCUGAAGGUGCUGGUCAGGUGAUACUGUAAUACUACCUUCACAUCACCUAGAACCUUACCAGACACGCCACCACAACAGCAUGCAAAUCCCUUCAUCAAAAUUGAUCAGGCACACUGACACAUACUUUGAGUCACAAUUAUGUGUGAUAUGGAAGGAUCUUUACCGUCUACCUAACUUUAGAAAAGUUACUCAAGGUGGCAGUGGUCACUGAGGUGGGUGGUGGUACCCAAGUAGAGCAUAUUUGAUGACUAGACAAUUUCAGACCACACUGAACUGUGACUACAGGUGUACUAGAUGUGUUUCUUUUAGGCUACAUAGCAUAAGUAAAUUAAGUCUUUUAGUGAGUAGAAGAUUUGAAACAUGCAUGUCCUGUUCCCAAGGUACUGAAAAAGCUGACAAGGACUGAGCCUAAAUUAGUAUGUGGUUCUAGAGACAAAAUUCUGCAGCUCAUCCCUGCCCCACAUGUGCUCUGACUAAACUGUUAGUCAUGUCACUUACCUAGUUUUUUUCACCCAAGGAUUUUUAAAAUGGAAAAUAAUAUUAACAUGUCUUUCUAGUGGGAAUGGUAAAGGCAAGCAAGACUGAGCAGUGCAGACUGAAAACAAAGAUGUCUAAAAUUUGAAAAGUCUGUGAAGUAGGUUGCUAUUGGUGGAUCUGAGCACAUACACUAGCAAAAAAACCCCAAACCUACCCUACAAUUUUGGUUCAAUGAUAGCAGGGUAAGAAUAAGGGUAGGAAUAAAGUUCUUCCUUUAACAGACUAACUACUAAGGAUCCUCCCUCACUCCUAAGAAGCCUAGGGAAUUCUUUGCUUUCCUGCUAUUUUGCCCAUGUUGGGAGUGGAAGGUAGGGGCUAACAGAAAUUCAGCUUGCUACAAGCAUGCAAGAACAGCAGGAAACAACAAAAAAAAAUCCAUUACAUGCAGAUUAUGUAACUGCAUGUCAGAUAUCAUGUAAACAAAUGGGGAAGUGGCUAACACUCAGCAUAACCCAGAGCCACUUCUGAAGUUGCUGGAAGUUAAAGCAAACAAUACGGAUUACACUCUCAUAUUUAUGUAACUGCAAAGAUUUUUGUGAAUGUGACAUUAUCUUAUUCAGUAAAUGCUUGGGAUAUUUUCUUUUAAUUUAUGCAGUCAGACAGUUUUGCACCUAAUUUAUGAUGCUGCAGCCUAAGAUGAACCAAACAAAAACAACCCACAGCUGGGCAGUGAGAAAGUUCAGAAAUUUGGGUCUGGUAUUUUCCUUGGCAUUUCUUUGCCUGCAAAUAUGCAAGACAGAAAUUUCUUGGCUGUUUGUAUAUACAUGCUAAGGAUUUAUCUUCCUCAAAGGAGAACCUGGGCUUGUGCAGGGGCCAUAACCAACAUAUACAGGCAGUCACUUUAAACAUGGACUAGUCACACAACACUGCUUUUAUUUCCAGUACAUAUUAUUUAUGAAAAUCUGUUUAUUUAUAGAGGCGGUAUUUCUAUGAGCAUAUUCAUAUACUGUGAUUCCACUGAGUAUUCAUGUAUUUUUUGGGUAAUGUGUUUGCAUAUUGUGACUAAUAAUGCUUAGUUCAUCUGACAUAACAGGAAGGAAGAGUCAGUUGCAUGAUCACUUCAUGUGAAGUUGUUAACAUCUGCCAAUCAGGAAAUUUAAGGAAGCUCAAAAGCAGUAAGGGAAAUGAUAAACUGAGCAGCUUUCUAACUUGCAGCAUUUGUUACUUAAUACUGUCAUGCAGUAAAAAAAUAAAGCUAACUGGCAGAGCAAAACACUUACUGAUUUCUGCAUGUGACUACCAACUACACAUUGCUGCUUGCAGACCGAAAUCAAACAAGGUAAAUGCGGAGAGUUUUUUCAAGAGGAGAUAAGGAAAUAUGUUUGUUACUCUUGGACUCAUUUGCAUGAUUUGGUGGUAUAUGAUGCUAUUUCAUCCCUUGCAUGCUGACAUCCAGUGUAUGGAGUCAGACACAUGGGAAUCACGUAUUACAAAUGUGAAUGUGGACUGGAGAAGAAUGGAACUGUCCUGGGAGAGCAGCAGGAAUUUCUCUAAGUACAAAUGUACCAUCAUGAACAUGAAUAUGGAAGAUAGAGAGGAAGAGGUGAAUAGUCCACUAUGCAGCUUUCCAGUGGAAUUGUACUUUCCUCUGCACAAAGGGGUAUUCUUUACCAUUGCAGUGCCAAACACAAACAUCUCAAAACAAUGCACCUUUCUCCCUGGAGGCAUGAAUGGGUCGGCCAUUGAAAACUUCUCCUGUGUGAUUUAUAACAUUUUCCUCAUGAACUGCACUUGGCAGGCAGGAAGGCAUGCUCCAGCAGAUACACAGUAUUUUCUCUACUGGCAGAAUUCAAGAGAUGAAGAGGAGAUGGAAUGUGAGCUUUACAUUAAAGAUGAAAAUGGCAGAAAUAUGGGAUGUAUCUUCCAAAAUGUGAGCAUAGGGACUGAAAAAGCUUACUUCCUGGUGAAUGGGUCUAGCAAAGACUCCCUGAUCCAGUUCUAUGAUGAGUACAUUGACCUGUAUAAAAUUGAAAUACUCACUGCUCCAUUAAAUGUCACUGCCCAUUGUACCAGAGAUUCAGCAGGUUGCAUAAUUACAUGGCAUCCACCCCUUACAAGUCAUGUGGAAAAAGCAAAGUGUUUUCAGUAUGAAAUUAGCAUACAAAAUAAGGAUGAGCCCAAAGAAGAGAAAAAGCUUCCUCAUGUAAGGAACGACAGAUAUGAAUUCCAAAAUUACAAUGAGAAAAAAAGAUACAUUCUGAAAAUCAGAGCACGUGGAGCAAACUGCCUCGUAAGCUCAAAUUGGGGAGAAUGGAGUGAACCCAUUGAGUUUGGUCAAGGGAAAGAUUACUUUAUUUUCGUGAUUUUAUUUCUGAUUGCACUUGGAACAAUCUCAGUUACACUUCUCCAGUAUUGUCUUUUCAAAAGGUAUUGCAGUUACAAGAGCCUAUUUCCUCCCAUACCACAGCCAAGAGACAAAUUUAAUGUAUUAACUGAUGAAGAUAUCCAGACAGGGUAUGUAAAUCUACCAACAAAAAGUCAUACUGAGGAAAUAACUACAGUUGAAGAAUGAUCCAACUUUCCAAAAACACCUGAUUCCCGACAAUGAAACAAAAUUACGGAUCCUGCUGACAAGUACUUCAAACCAGCCUAUAAAAGAAUUUAAUCACCUAUAAAACUUGUUUGUGCCCUUAAAAUCCACUUAAAAUGGAGCAGGUAAAAAAAGAACCACUGAAACUUGUUUUCCCUUUGUUCAAACCCACAAUGCCUGGCAGCUAAGCUUUUCUGCAAACACCUACUUUGAAGAUGUGCUUAAGCCUUGCUAGGAGGUUCUUCACAAUGUGAAACAAGGCCUCUUAUUCAGAAUAAAGCUGUCAUGAUUGCUAUGAAGUUUCUUUCCUCUCAUUAUAAUGAUUACCUGUAGGCUGACAGGCCUUCUGUACAAUGCCACAGUAAUAUUACCACAAUAUUUGUAUGUCCAGUAUUUUCUAAAGCAGAAACUAGCUAUUUAGAAUGUGUUUAAAUUUGCUUUCAUGUUCCAACCAGCAACACCAAACUAUCCAAAUAUAUGCAAUUAACCUUAUGCAAGACAAAAAUGGAAAAUAAAAUUUUACUUGUCAAUUAUAACCAUUAA